CUCGCCGCGCACACCGCCUGGCUGAGCCGCAGUCGGUUUUGCUAGGUGAGAGCUGCGCUGCGCUGGCGGCGCUGGGCUGAAAAGUCGCCCUUGGUCAGAAAGCGGAGUCCUGAUCUAAAAGCCCACGGCUGAGGCUCGGCUGGACCUGGGGACCGAGGUUCAGCACCAGCCAAGAAGCUGGUGACCCGUCGGCGAGCUAGAGCCCCGCAGGUGCCGCCACUCCUCGCCCUCCAGCUGCAGCCACCCGAUUAUGGAGUCUCCAGUCCAGAUCUUUCGCGGGGAGCCGGCUCCGACCUGCGCUCCGAACACCUGCCUGAGCCUUAAUGACAGCAUCUCGUUCCCGGGUACGGCGGAGCCUGACACCAACAGCAGUGCCGUCUCGGAGGGCACGCCGCUGGAGCCCUCGCACAUCUCCCCGGCCAUCCCAGUUAUAAUCACGGCGGUCUACUCCGUGGUGUUCGUCGUGGGCUUGGUGGGCAACUCCCUGGUUAUGUUCGUGAUCAUCCGAUACACAAAAAUGAAGACAGCUACCAACAUUUAUAUAUUUAACCUGGCUUUAGCAGAUGCAUUAGUUACUACCACCAUGCCCUUCCAGAGCACCGUCUAUCUGAUGAAUUCCUGGCCAUUUGGGGAUGUGCUGUGCAAGAUUGUCAUUUCCAUUGACUACUAUAACAUGUUUACCAGCAUAUUCACCUUGACCAUGAUGAGUGUGGACCGAUACAUUGCAGUGUGCCACCCAGUCAAGGCUUUGGACUUUCGCACACCCUUGAAAGCAAAGAUCAUCAAUAUCUGUAUAUGGCUCCUGUCUUCAUCUGUGGGCAUAUCUGCAAUAGUCCUUGGAGGAACCAAAGUGAGGGAAGAUAUGGAUGUCAUUGAGUGCUCCUUGCAGUUCCCAGAUGAUGACUACACCUGGUGGGACCUCUUCAUGAAGAUCUGUGUCUUUAUCUUUGCCUUUGUGAUUCCUGUCCUCAUCAUCAUUAUCUGCUAUACCCUGAUGAUUCUACGCUUAAAGAGUGUCCGGCUUCUUUCUGGCUCCAGAGAAAAAGACCGCAACCUGCGUCGGAUCACCAGGCUUGUCCUGGUAGUGGUGGCAGUAUUUAUUAUCUGUUGGACACCCAUUCACAUUUUCAUCCUUGUGGAAGCUCUAGGGAGCACCUCUCACAGCACGGCUGCCCUCUCCAGCUAUUACUUUUGCAUUGCUUUAGGUUACACCAACAGCAGCCUGAAUCCCAUUCUCUAUGCCUUUCUAGAUGAAAACUUCAAGAGGUGUUUCAGGGACUUCUGCUUUCCAAUUAAAAUGAGAAUGGAGCGACAGAGCACCAGUAGGGUCAGAAAUACAGUGCAAGAUCCUGCUUACAUGAGGGAUGUUGAUGGGAUAAAUAAGCCAGUAUGACUAGUCGUGGAGAUGACUUCUUGUAGUUCUCCAGGAAGAGAGGAGUUCAAUGAUUUAGGUUUAACUCAGAUUACUACUGCAGUCUGAAAUGGAAAGUGAGAAUUUUUAACAAACUUUUAGAAAUAUGAAGGUCUGAAUUCAUGCAACGCAGGUUGCAUUAGCAAACUAGGUCAGUGGAAGCAUCAAGGAUGUAGGAAUGGAGUACAGAAGAUUAGAGCAAUUACUAGGCAGGGAAUCAAGACUGACUCCCAGAUUCCUUGAUGAACAAGAAACAGUCAUCCUUUUGGUUACUAAGAUUUAGUUCAAGACCCAUCUGUUGUGGUCUUUCUAUGCAAUGUGAUUCCAAAAGCUCUGUUUAUAAAAAUGGAAAAUUAAAAAAAAGUGGUUUAAGAGCUCAGUGGACAUCCAAUUCAGAUGCUUACCAUUGAUAGCAACAAUUUAAUAAGAACAAGGACCAUUUCCAGGCUCCAUGCCCAGUUCUCUUUCACUCUAUGGACUUGAAUUUCAUGUGGCUGUGUGAUGAGAAUUCCACCUUUAUUAUAUCUUAGACCCAUACCUGAGAUUUCUGAUGUUGAUGUAUAAUAAAAAAAUAUUUUGAUAUUUAUGAUUCGCAACAUAUUUUACUUUCUUGAAAAGUACAGCUUGUUUAAGCAUGCUAGUUAUAUAAAUAAUCUUGUGGUAAAGUAUGUCUUAAUGUCAAGAAAUAUAAAGUGGUUUAAAUACCACAUAUAUAUGUGAGUGUGUUUCUAUAUACGUGUGUUUGUGUAUAUAUAUAUAUAUAUAUAUAAAAUUGCAUCUGUGAAAAUAUAUAUGUGUAAAUAAAAAAUGACUUGCCUUCUGGCAGGGAGUUUCCUGAGAGUACACCAAUGGGGUCUCCAGAGUUUUUAGAAUUGAAGCUAGGAUAUUACUGACCUUCCCAUCCCUUCCCAACCCCCCAGCAGCCUUUGCUUCUUUACCAGUGCUCAUAAUUUACAUGUUAAUGAAUCAAGAAAUAUUUAACUCACUCCAGGUUGUAGCACUGCAAAAUCUGUGUGCAGUUUAUGUGCACCGUCUCUUUAUGAAUAGGUAUUUAUUAUUAUAUUCUUUCUAUUAAUGGAAUGAGGACAUUUUGCUUAUUUAGACUUUGACAUAUUAUUUUGUGGCUUUUAAGAGGUGGAUUCAUUCCUAAUUGUGGGCUAAAUGAAGACAUUAUGUCACUCAUGAUACUUGGACAUACCUGGUAUUUUGUUCUGUGAAGAAGAGCACAUAUCUUGGGGAUAAUGCCACGAGCAGCACAUUUUGGGCAAUUUGGCUAGUUCUUCCAGAUGAUACAUAAAUUUGCCAUUCUCUCCAUUGGAACUAUGGUUUCGGAGGUAAUGGCUUUUUGCUGGAAUUACCUGGGUAAAAGAAAGAGAUAAUACAGAAGUAACAAUCAUCUCUUCUUUAAGCCUAUAUAUUAUUAGGACAACAUCCUCUGGAAUUUAAUAGGAAAAUCAAAUGCAUAGACCUGUAUUACUAUAGACGUGACUACAUAUAUAAAUUCUGUUCACUUUCUCUUCUGUAAUUACUCUCUCAUUUAGGGAACACAGUUUUCAUUGAAGGUUUUACAUGUGGCUCAAAAACUUACCAUGAUUUUAUCUACAUUCUGCAUUUUUAUGGCAGCUAACACAGAUUUUCCUAAUGAAAAUGAAGUGCUCAUUUCAUUUUCAUAGAGCAUUUUAAACAUUUAUUAAAUUUCAUUGAUAUUUUUAGGCGGCCUUGUGCCAUAACUAAAUGUAAAUAGAAAUGACUUAAAUAUUGGUUAGCAUACACAUCAUGCUUCAAAAUUUUGACUCUCAUAUAGGAGAGAUGGCUACAUAGAAAAUGGUUCCAGGAACAAACCCUGCUGAUGUGUAAGAUAUAAAAAACCUCUUUAUAGAACAGUAAAACCUAGAUUUUCUUUUACUUGUUUUCAUGUUCCAAUAUUUUCUUUCUCUAUUCUUUAAUUAUUUUAUUUUAUAUGAUUUUUACAUCAUUUUUCAUUUGUGUACUAUGUAUACAUUUUCAUCUCAGUUAUAGUCCCCAUGAAAUUCCCACCACCCAUUUAUGUGUGAACCAUCACCAUGGACCCUUGUGUUCUUUCCACCCCUGUUUUGAUCCUACUCCCUUCUUCCCCCUCUGUAGAAUGUCUCUGGCUUAGAGUUCCCUGCUGAUUUUGAUUUUUACUUUAUUAUAGUUCCUUUUUUUUUCCUGAUCCCUUAUUUGGAUCCAGUCUUCUUCUAAGUGAGACCAUUCAAUAUUUUUCUUUUUCUUUCUGACUUAUUUCACUGAGCAUGAUCCCUUCCGGCUCCACCCACAUUGCUACAAAUGGCAUGAGUUUAUCUUUUUUGAUUGCUGAGUAAUAUUCCGUUGUGGAUAUUAACCACAUCUUCUUGAUCCAGUCAUCUAUAUUUGGGCAUUUGGCUUACUUCCAUAGCUUACCUAUUGCAAAUAAUGCUGCAAUAAACAUAGGGGUGCAGGUGCCCUUUGGAAUUAAUAUUUUUCUGUUCUUUGGGUAGAUAGCUAGGAGUGGAAUUGCUGGAUCAUAUGGAAGCUCCAUUUUCAGUACAUUGAGGAAUCUUCACACAGCAUUCCAAGGUGGUUGGACUAGUUUGCACUCCCAACAGCAGCGCAGGAGAGUUACUUUUUCUCCACAUCCUUGCGAACAUUUGUCAUUGCUAGAUUUUUAAAUAUGUGUCAUUCUCACUGCUGUAAGGUGGUAUCUCCUUGUGGUUUUGAUUUGCAUUUACCUGAUUAAAAGUGAUGUUGAACAUUUUUUCAUAUGCCUGUUGGCCAUUUGCAUUUCCUCUUUGGAGAAGUUCCUUUUUUAGCUCUUCUGCCCAUUUUUUGACUGGAUUAUUUACUUUGUUUUUGUUGAGUGUUGCCAGCUCUUUGUAGAUUUUUGUGAUCAGCCCUUAUCAUUAGUAUUAUGUGCAAAAAUUUCCUCCCAAUCAUCUCUUUGUUUUGGUUAAUGUCUCUUUUGCUAUACAGAAGCUGGUUUUUUUUUCCUGUUAAGUGUAAUUUUAUUUGUUUAAACAUGUUGUAUGUUUAUUGAAGUAAUGUAGAUUUACAACACCUUGUUUUAAGGGUAGAUGUUCACAACUCCAUAGAUGUAUGCUAUACCAUACUCACCAACCACAAUAAUUUUCCACCAUAGUCAUUUAGGCUCCCUCCCCACUUUUGCUCCUACCUACAAUGUCCCUUCUGUGUUGCCUCAGAGGCCAUGUGAAGAACCAAGGUACCCUACCCAACAGCCAAUACUAACUGCCAGAAAGGGGAGAGAGGCCAUCUUGGUCCAUCUGUUCCUUCUCUGCCCUCAGAUGAGUGCAACUACAUAAGACUCCAAGUGACAACAGCAGAAGAAACCUUCAGACAAACUAUAGAAUGUUUUUUUUAAAAUGUUUUAAAAUACUGUUUUAAAUCCUUGAAAUCGUAUUGAAUUAUUGAGACAACACAGAAGCUCUUUAAUUUGAUGUGGUCCCAGCUGUUUAUCCUUUCCUUCACUAUGUUUGCUUUGGGUGAUAUCUUUAAAGAUGUUACUGAGGUGUAUGUCAUGUAGUGUUUUGCCAAUAUUUUCUUCUAUAUAUUUUAUGGUUUCAGUUCUUCUCUCUAGUUCUUUAAUCCAUUUUAGUUGUUUUUUGUGCAUGGUGUGAGAUAGUAGUCAAGCUUCAUUCUCUUGCAUGUAGCAGCUCAGUUUUUCCAGUACCAUUUAUUGAACAAACUUUCUUUGCUCCAUUGCAUAUUCUUUGCUCCUUUGUUAAAAAAAAAAAAAAAAAAAAAAAAAAAAAAAAAAAAAAAAACAGAUUUUCUUGAAGAUUCUUACGCAGUCCAAAAUUUUAACAGAGUCAUAAUCACAGAAUGAAUUUAUAGUAAUGUGUUUUCUUUAUAUUAGUACCCCAUGUCCUCAUUGACACUAUUUGUGUCUGAUUAUACUACAUAUCUUCAUAGCUAAAUGUGUACUUCAAGAGGAGAGAGAAACAGUUCUAAGCAGCCAUGAGGAUUGUCCCAAGUGCCUCCAUUAUUAUUAACACUAUUUCCCCAAACAGAAAAAAGGAAAGGUGAAGAUGUUAUUUUAGGGCAACCCAUUUAUUUAUUUAUUUAUUUACUCACAUACUUGUAACAUUUAAAGAAUGAUAAAAUGAAUUGUCUAUUUUCUGAAAUAGUACUUACCUAAAUAUUUCCUUUUCAUAUGUGUGAUUGUGUGUAUGAUUCUGGGUAAGUACAUAGGCACACAUGUGUGUGAUAGUGUGCCAAUGUGUGUGCAUGUGUGAUAGUAUGUGAGAGCCCGUGUGAUGCAUAGGUUUGUGGAUAAGAAUGUGAUAGUGUGUAUGUGUGUGUGUCCCAUUUGUUGAUGUUCCUAUUCUCCCAUCAGAGUGAAGAGGGCCCCUUGAGCUCAGACUUUCCUCUAUCUAACCUCUUGAUCAAGUCCCUCCUCGAAUUCCAUUUUUCCCCUCUGGUAACAGCUUCUAGAAGACAGGUUCUAGUGAGGGGUCAAAAAAAAAAAAUAAGAAAUGUGAAACAGCCAUGCAGGGGCAGCAGUGAGGGUGAAAAAUCAGUUCUAACCAUAAGGAGGUUGGACCUACCUUUAGUGGCUCAGAAUAUGCUUAGGAAUCUCAAUACUAAAAGGAAACAUAGUUUGGAAACAGUUUUUUUUUUUUAAUCAAAGAUUAUGUUCAUAAAUCUUAAGAAAAUGGUUGCAUCCUAUGUUGUAUUACUGAGAAAUAAAACAUUAAAUUGAAAAACCAUUAUCAGACAAUUUAGAGAUGUUUUGAGUAUUGGAAUAUAAUAAGAUUACUAAAUUAAUAUAUAGAUUGACUUUAACUUUGAACUUUUAAGUGAGAAACUGGGAGAAGGUUGUAUAUGCAUUCACUAAGAUUUAUUUUCUAAGCAAGAGUUGUUGGAAGAUUCAAAGUAAAUAUGGAAAUUCUAUUCCAAAAGGGUAUAAACUUGUGUGACCUAGGGCAGUUUUCUUUGCUAAAACAAAACUGUUCAUAAUAAUAAUUACUAAAAUACAUAAUAUUUACAUUGUGUACUUUUAAAAGCAGAGACUUAUGCCUUGUGUAUAUGAUUUUGUGCCUUGCCAUACAAUAAAUAUUGUGCCUGCUAAAAUCACAAUAUUCGGUUA